GUGGAGUCCUGCUCAAACCCUGGGUAGAUGAAACAUCCUCUUUCAAGUGGGGAAACUGCAGAAACUGUGAGAAAAAUCAUCAAUGAGAAUCACCUGUCAUUGAAAGUGGGAGGACACUUGACACUGUGGGAGAGUGCAAAGAACAGAGAGUGAUUGGCAGGAGGAGGAGAGUCUGACGGAGGAGCAGAGGAAUGUUGGCAGCCAUUUAGUCUGAGCUCAACAACGGAGGAAACAUGGAUUCUUCACAAAAAAAAUGUAAACACAGCAAUGGAGUGAGAUGUCGGAGCUCUGAGGAGGAUAAGGAUGGUUCGGCAACAACAGCAAAAAGAGAUGAAUCACUCAGUUGUGAGCAAUGUGGCAAGACUUUUAUCACAGCAACAAAGCUAAGAAUUCACAAACGUAUUCACACUGUGGACAAACCAUUCAGCUGUGAUCAGUGUGGAAAGGCUUUUACUAAGAAGAGUAAUCUAACAAGUCAUCAACUCAUUCACAGUGGAGUAAAACCAUUCAGCUGUGAUCAGUGUGGAAAGGCUUUUACUCAGAAGAUUAAUCUAGCAAGUCAUCAACUCAUUCACAGUGGAGUUAAACCAUUCAGCUGUGAUCAGUGUGGAAAGGCCUUUACUCACAAGAGGAAUCUUGCAAAUCAUCAACUCAUUCACAGUGGAGUGAAAUUGUUCGGCUGUGAUCAAUGUGAGAAGUCUUUUACUCACAAGAGUAACUUAAAAAGACAUCAACUCAUUCACAGUGGAGUUAAACCAUUCAGCUGUGAUCAGUGUGGAAAGGCUUUUACUAAGAAGAGUCAGUUAAAAAGCCAUCAACUCAUUCACAGUGGAGUGAAAUUGUUUGGCUGUGAUCAGUGUGGAAAGGCUUUUACUCUGAAGAGUCACUUAAAAAGCCAUCAACUCAUUCACAGUGGAGUGAAACCAUUCAGCUGUGAUCAGUGUGGAAAGGCUUUUACUCACAAGAGUACUCUAGCAAAUCAUCAACUCAUUCACAGUGGAGUUAAAUCAUUCAACUGUGAUCAGUGUGGAAAGGCUUUUACUCAGAAGAGUCAGUUAAAAAGUCAUCAACUCAUUCACAGUGGAGUUAAACCAUUCAACUGUGAUCAGUGUGGAAAGGCUUUUACUCACAAGAGUACUCUCGCAUAUCAUCAACUCAAUCACAGUGGAGUGAAACCAUUCAACUGUGAUCAGUGUGGAAAGGCUUUUACUCAGAAGAGUCAGUUAAAAAGUCAUCACCUCAUUCAUAGUGGAGUUAAACCAUUCAACUGUGAUCAGUGUGUGAAAACCUUUACUCAACAUGAACAGUUGUUGAUCCAUCAAUGCCCCCAUUCUGGUAGGAAGCGGUACCACUGUGACUCCUGUGAAAAAACUUUCAGCUCCCAACAGAGCUUAAAACGUCACCAACGCAUCCACACUGGACAUGAUGUGUAUGUAUGUGAUCACUGUGGCAAACCAUUUGUACGGUACUCAGAGUUAAAAGCUCAUGAAGUGACCCACACUGGGGUUAAACCAUACGUUUGUGACCAGUGUGGGAAACGCUACAGCUUCAUUGCAGGCCUCAAAAUUCACCAACGUGUCCACACUGGGGAGAGACCAUACAGAUGUGAUGAGUGUAAGAAGACUUUUACAACUUUGGGUUCCCUGAAACAACACCAGCAGUUCCACACCAGAAAGAAAGCAUUCAAUCAGUGUCACAGUGAGCAGAACGGAACAGAUGGACAAAACUCUCAGACUCGUCAGCACUCUACCAACGGUGAACAGUGCUGCUUUUACCAAUCUGGACCAACGUCCAACCAACAAGGAACCCUGCAACAACACCAGUGUAUGCACACUGGACACAGACUGAACCCCUGCCAAGAAGAUUUCUCCAUGCAGGGUUCAGUAAAAGUUCAUGAAGUCCUCCACAAACUUAAAGUCCUUGAGAUUCGGCUUCACAGAAUUCAGGUCUAAUUUCUUGUUUAGUGUCUUCGUUGCAAAAUCCAUGAAGAGGAAAGCUGUCGUUAACAGACAUGACUGGUAAAUUAAUUAAACCAUUCACAGUGGUGACUCAGUUAAAUUAUCAGUGGUAGAGGGAUAGACGUCUGGAUGGAGGCAGUGAGCAGCAGGACGAAUUUCCUCGAUUACCAGCUUAAUCGUUCCUCAGAUCCGUCUGGGCUGCAGGAACCCGUUAGAUGCAGAACUGGUUCAGUGAUUCUCUGAUGAUCAAUCAUAAUUAAUUUAGGAGAUUACUGGCCUUAGGAUUCAUAUGUCUAUCAUCUAUCAUGAUGAAGAAUCUCUAAUAUAAAACAAAUAGAUCAACUAAUCUCUGAUUAUGUGUGAGUUGAAAUAUAAAAACACUAAGUGUUGGAUGAAAGGUCCAAUCUUUGAAAGCUGACAUGUAGUUUAUUAUCAUUUCUUUGUAAAUUAGCUGCAUCCAGUCAUUACCAUGACAUUGGCAUCAUGGAACCAUGACCACAUAUAUGUGUCUGGAGAUAGUGGCAUUUUUAUAACGGCACAUUUUCAUGCUUUGACAGAUACAGUGAGGGAAAAAAAGUUUUCAGACACCCUGAAAAUUUUUACACAAUCUUAAAUAUUAGCAUGAAAUGUUUGUUUUUUUGUGUGUUUCUAAGGGUGUGGCUGCGUCAGACAGACACAAAUACAAAUUAUUAUUUUUAUUUGUUGUUUACAAGAAAAACUAACAAAACUAAAUUCUACCAAAUUUCUCAUUUUAUGGAACAAGUCAGUUUUUGGUUUUGAAUGUCUUUUUUAGGAUGUGUUUCGUUUUAUGAUUGUACUGCUCAAUCAAUAAACUUCAUUGACAAUUUCAACAUCUUUUGGGAACGCAGACACCUCUUUAAGGCAAAUGGAAUUUUCCUUAACAGAUCAGGACUGCUGCUACUGUCCUCAAACAUUUUCUACUCCGUGCGUCAGACACCAGCCAGUCAGAGAUAAAAGCCAAGGACAUUCAAAACAACAGAUUGCACAGCACGCUGGAGAAGAACUGUUGCUGCUGGAGAUAAGGACUGACCAAGGACAACAAGGAACCCAGGAAGAGGCCCCAACUAUGUCACCACCUCCUGCCCCUCAUCCAACAGAUCAAAGACAACAAGAAACCCAGGAAGAGGCCUCAACUACGUCAACACCUCCUUCCCCUCAUCCAACAGAUCAAAGACAACAAGAAACCCAGGAAGAGGCCUCAACUACGUCAACACCUCCUGCCCCUCAUCCAACAGAUCAAGGGCAACAAGGAUCCCAGAGAGAGGCGUCAACUACAUCAUCGCCUCCUGCCACUCAUCCAACAGACCACUGUCAAAUCUUCACCCCCACAGCAAGAGGAAACCUCCCCUAACUCCUUACCCUCCCCAGCCAGUCUCUCUCCUUCCCCUACUCAUCUGGAUUUCACAGAUGACAUGAAAAGGCGUGUUAAUGCUGGAACAAAACUGACACCACGCCGAAAUCCCAUAUGCUUGCCAACUAGUCUUGUCUUUGAAAAUUCAGUUGUUUCUGAUGUCUGAUAUGUGCCAGGUCCAGGCUUCAAAGCUGAUAUUAAUGUCAUCAGCCAGGAAAAGCCGGGGCCUUAUGGAAAUCAGGUAAACAUUAUUUCUGUCCUAGUAGGCAACAGGAAAAGAAAGGUGGCUAUGUCAAGACACAGAAAGAAAAAGCUUUUAAAUACAUUACAUAUUAUUUGUGAACCACAAACAUCUUCCGCUCACAUGGCAGGCAAAACUCCUCAAACAUUAACGAUGGCUCUAUUAAACAUUAGAUCUUUAGCUGGGAAGACAUUUUUAAUUAAUGAUUUUAUUAUUGAGCACAAUCUUGAUUUUAUGUUUUUAACUGAAACUUGGUUAGACCAAAAUAACAGAACAGCUGUUCUCAUCGAGUCGACCCCUCCCAACUUCAGUUUUAUCAGUGAGGCCAGGGUGCAUAAGAGAGGGGGCGGUGUUGCAAUUUUAUUCAAAGAAUCUUUUCAAUAUCAGCAGUUAUCCUUUGAACAUUUCUCCUCGUUUGAGUACAUAGCCCUUCAACUGAAGUCCUCAUCUCGAGUUGUGCUACUUAAUGUUUACAGGCCUCCUAAAUACUGUGCAAACUUUUUUGAUGAUUUUAGUGAACUGCUGUCUAUGAUCUGCAUUGAUUUUGACUGUAAUUAUUGCUGGCGACUUUAACAUCCAUAUUGACAAUCCUCAGGGCAGAGGGACUAUAGAUCUAUGUAACACUCUUGACAACUUUGGGUUGGUUCAGCAUGUAACAGAGGCCACACAUGACAAAGGGCAUACGUUAGACCUACUUAUCUCCAAGGGUCUGAGUAUUUCCAAUGUUACAGUGUCUGACGUUGGUCUUUCUGAUCAUUCCUGUGUUUUCUUUGAGAGCACUGUCUCGGCGCAGUCAGCAACUUUCACAGAGGUAACCAAAAAACGGUGUAUUCCUGAAAACACCUCUGAAAUAUUUAACCAGGCUUUUUAUUCUACACCAGCUCCGUCUGGGGCUUCAGUCGAUGAGCUGAUAGGUAGUUUUAAUGCUAAAAUUGUAAACAUUAUGGAUGCCAUUGCUCCAACUAAGGUGAAAGUUAUCUCUGGUAAGAAAAAAUCUCCAUGGAGAAAUGCCACACUGGUCAGAAAUGGCAAAAGAGGGUGUAGGAAAGCUGAACGCAGAUGGCGAAAAUCAAAACUCCAGGUUCAUUAUGACAUUUACAAAGAGAAACUGUGGAAUUACAAUUUACAACUUAAAAAUGCAAGACAAUCUUAUUUCGCAGAUAUAAUCACCAAAAACAGUCACAGUACACGAGCCUUAUUUGCUACCGUGGACAGACUAACAAACCCUCGUGUGUCAGUAGCCCCUGAGCUGCAUUCUACCAGGGCCUGCAACGACUUUGCAUCAUUCUUUAUAGAGAAAAUCCAAAACAUUAGACAAGCAGUUAGUGCCCCCACAGCAGGUUCAGGAUAUGUCCUGUGUCAGCGUAAAACCAUUUUAAACACCACGACGCAAUUUAAUCCUAUUAAUCACAAAAACCUGGAGGACAUUAUACAUCCACUAAACUCCUCCUCCUGCUGUCUGGAUAUUCUGCCAACAAGGUUUAUCAAAAAAGUCUCCCAAGUACUGCUGGCGGAUCUUUUAUGGAUUGUGAACUUGUCUCUUAUGUCAGGUGUUUUUCCUCAGGCUUUAAAAACUGCUGUGAUUACACCACUUUUAAAAAAGAGCAGCCUCGACAAGUUACAAAUGAAUAGCUACAGACCAAUCUCUAAUCUCCCAUUUUUAAGUAAGAUCAUUGAAAAAGCAGUUUUUCAACAGCUAAACAAUUACUUAAAAAAAUAAAAAACAGCUUCAAUGCUUUUCAGUCAGGUUUUCAACAGCACCACAGCACUGAGACGGCUCUCAUCAAGGUAAUUAAUGACAUCCGCUUAAACACAGACAGCGGCAGGAUGUCGGUCCUAGUCCUGCUGGAUCUGAGUGCUGCGUUUGACACAGUCGACCACAAUAUACUACUUAACCGACUGGAGAACUGGGUGGGACUAUCCAGCACAGUACUCAACUGGUUCAAAUCUUACCUAAAGAAUAGGAAUUACUUUGUGUCUAUAGGUAACUUCACGUCUGAGCAGACAGUAAUUACAUGUGGAGUUCCCCAAGGUUCCAUCCUGGGGCCUCUUCUGUUUAACAUCUAUAUGCUCCCACUGGCUCAGAUUAUUGAAAACAAUAAUGUAAGUUACCAUAGCUAUGCAGAUGACACGCAGAUCUACAUUACAAUGUCCCCAGGAGACCAUGGCCCUAUACAGGUGCUGGGAAAGUGUAUUGAACAGAUAAAUGAGUGGCUGUGUCAAAACUGAGGUAAUGGUUUUUGGAGCCAAGGAAGAGCGAUUAAAGGUGAGCCUAGAGCUUCAGUCUUUACAGUUAAAAACUGCAGACCAGGCCAGAAAUCUGGGUGUGGUGAUGGACUCAGAACUCAGCUUUGGAAAACACAUUAAAGCAGUUACAAAGUCGGCUUACUAUCACUUAAAAAAUAUCUCAAGAAUUAAAGGGCUGAUGUCUCAGCAGGACCUGGAAAAGCUAGUCCAUGCAUUUAUUUUCAGUCGGCUUGAUUACUAGGUCUACCUAAAAAAACACUCAAACAACUGCAGCAGAUUCAAAACUCUGCUGCCCGAGUCCUCACUAAAACCAAGAAUAGAGAUCAUAUCACUCCAGUUUUAAAGUCCUUACACUGGCUUCCUGUCACUCAGAGGGUAGAUUUUAAAGUCCUGCUGCUGGUCUACAAAGCUUUAAAUGGUCUAGGACCAAAAUACAUCAGAGACCUCCUGACUCAGUAUGAACCACCCAGACCACUCAGGUCAUCUGGAUCAGAUCUUCUAGUAGUUCCUAGAGUAAAAACCAAACACGGAGAAGCUGCAUUCAGCUUCUAUGCCCCAUAUAUAUGGAACAAACUCCCAGAAAACUGUAGAUCAGCUGAAACUCUCAGCACAUUUAAAUCCAUUCUUAAGACAUACCUGUUCUCAGCUGCUUUUGAUUAAAGUAUUUUAAAUUAUUUUAAACCUUAUUUUAUGACAGUUACUUUUAACAGUUAUUUUAAACAGCCCUUGUUUUCUGACUCUUGUUUUUGAUCUUUUUACUGUUCUGUUUUUCUUUUAAUAAUUGCCCUUGUUUUUUCUGACUUCUGUUUUUGAUGUUUUUACUGUUCUGACUUUUUUUAAAAUGAUUUCAUAAAUGUUUUCUUUUGUUUUUCUUUUAAUAAUCAUCAUCCUCUGUUCUUAAUGCCUUUGUAAAGCACUUUGAAUCGCCUCGUUGUUGAAAUGUGCUAUAUAAAUAAAUUUGCCUUGCCUUGCCUAAAAUAAAUGA